UGCUGGUUCCGGCAUCCUUCGGCUGGAUAUACUUUGAGCGCAGGGCGAUGGGUCUACCUGAUUCUUGCUGACCCUCAGUGGCGAUUGGCCCCAACAGCCAGCUGUCAACAUGCAAGGAUUCUACUCCAAGCUCGACUCCUCCCCCUCCUCGUCCCCAUUAUUGGGGGUGGGUCUUGGGGGAGAAGGUGCUCCCGUACCUCUCAGCCUGGCUGUGGAGACGGAGAAAGCUCAGGCCCUCCUACAGACAUUCAGCUCCGCCUCUCUCUUGGCGUCGGCGGGACUAGGUAUGUUCUGUGUGGUGGCGGACCACUCUCUCCAGCUGUCUCUGAUCCAGAACCACCUGUGGCUGCGUGCUGCCCUGGACAACGCCACGCAUGGAUUGAUAGGGCUGUGGUCAUGGGCAGUUGUUAUUGGACUAAGGAAAAAGAGUGAUCUUUAUGAGGUGCUGCUUGCUGGUCUACUGGCAUCAAUCAUAGACCUGGACCACUUCUAUAUGGCUGGAUCCCUGUCACUUAAGGCUGCUGUUUCGCUCCCCCAGCGUCCUCCCCUUCACUGCUCCUCUCUCAUCCCUAUCCUCUGUCUCUCCCUACGCUUCCUUAUGUGGAUCGGACGCCUCAAAGAUGCAUGGUGUUCCUUGCCAUGGAUGCUUUUUAUUUCCAUGGCAACACACCAUGUCCGGGAUGCGGUGCGCCAUGGCCUUUGGGUGUGCCCGUUUGGCAACACGGCACCGCUCCCCUACUGGCUGUAUGUCAGCACCACGGCGACACUUCCUCACCUGUGUUCAGUGCUCAUGUAUCUGACAGGAACCAGAGACGUGAUCUCUACCAAACACGGGGUGGCCAUCGAUGUUUAGAUGUCACCAACUUUCCAACGAAAAUCGCUUGAAACAACUUUUAGAUACUUGAAACUACUGGAGAAAACAUUUAUGGUACCGGAAACUGUCAUUAUAUGAUAAUGGAAAAGAAACUGAAAAAAAAAACAUCUGUUGUCUGUUAAAAAAAAAAAGACUUUUUGAAGACCGAAUGUUCCAGUGUGAGCGCAAAUCGUGGACUUUAUUCUUUGAGAUUUUUUUCCUGGUAUAAUGGAAAUGUAUCAAAAUCAAGUUGACUUAUCCCGAGUGAUGCUUAUCUCUAAGAAUUGUCAAGUGUUUCCACGGUGACUCUUUAGCUUUGACAUUGUUUUGCAGAGGCUGGCCUGUUAUCUGUUCAUCUACCCAAACCCAGACAAGGGACUUUAUAUCAUUUCUUAGCCUCUGAGCUCAAACUAACCUGAACUGUCACCAUCCGUCCUCAUCCUAAGAAGGAACACUCAAGGAAAAGUCAACCAAAGUCAACCACAAACUGUAAGACUCUGUGUCACUUUCAUUCACAGCAAGUCCAACAGUAUAUUACCGCUGUUAUUCCAUUGUGCAUUUAUAUUUAUUUAUCUGCCAUAGUAGUGAAAAGUAAUGUGUUGUGCGUCCAUUGUAGAGUGAGUUUUAAAUCUACCACAUUCCAAUUAUGGAUUUAUUAUCAAUCACCACAAAACAAAUAUGAUCUGUUGCUGUAAUUACCAGAACUAUCACCUCUCUGCCACUUCAGCGGUGUCUCAUUUUGUUGCUUGGAUGAGCAUUAUUGUCCAGUUAAAAAUAACUUUUGCUAAAGAAUCAAUUUUCUUUUUUUUCUUUCUUUUUUUUUUUUUUGCAAAUCUAAAAGUUUUCAGUGCUAACCAUGUCAGCCAUGGUUACGGAUCAGGAUUUUGUGGCUUUGUAAUCUACAAUUGUUUCUCAAAUUUGCUGCAUUUUGACAUGGCAUUGGCAUUAUUGGGUUAAGAUGAAAAAACACAUUCUUAGUCCCUACAGUAAAACACAGUUAACUGUUUCCAUUAAGGUUAAGACUAUCUGAGCAACAGUUUUGUUGGUUAUAUUUGUUAAAAGGUGACAAUAUUGUGCAUUGAUUAACUUGGGAAGUAUGCCAAUUUUAGGAGAUACCAUGAUAAAGAUGUUGUACAAGUCAGAUUGAUGGCUUGUAAUCAGUUGUAUUGUGCCACUAAAAAACUGCUUUUAUUUUUACAGUUUCAAACAGUGUAAUUUCUUUUUAAACCAUAUUUAAGAAAAAUCACAAUAAAUCUACCUUGUACCUUGACAGAAGAUGAGCUUUGCUGCCAGUGUGAUGGUGUAUGGUGUCAUAAGUGACCUCCCUAUGUUACAUUAAACACGGAUAGAAAAAGGGACCUGGAGAGAUGCUGGAUAAUUAUUUUUGAAGUUUUAAACAUUUAAGGGAAUUAUUUGUUCAAUGGCGUGUUGAUUACCAAUAAUAUGUAAUCGCUGCAUUAAUUUGCUGUGCAUUGUAAUACUGCAGUUUUUCUUAAGCUUAUGUAAUUAAAUGAUUAAUAAGGUACAUCUUACAUACUGAAAUGUCUAGCUGGUUUUAAGCUGUGAAGUCAUGACUUGCAGAAGGACAUGGAUUGUUUAACUAUUUAUUAUACCUUAAAACCACCUAUUAAGACAGAGCACUUAGAGGUAGGAAGUCUUUACACAUUUUUAGAUGUAGACUGAUUAAUUCAUCAUCAGUAUUGUUUACUAUAUUUUACAUUAUGCAUCAUGUGGUAUGGUUAUAGAGUGAAUUUCUUAUGUUUUAGGAGCUUGUUAGUCUGUUUUUUAAUGCAAUUGCUUUGAGUAAAAAUGGAUGGUGAACUUCUCAAGAGAUUUCUAGUUGUCUGCAUAUAUUUUUUGUGAUUUGGGAACAAUUUUUUUAGAUUAUGUUGCUACUUAUUCACAGUUUUUUGUUUUUAUUUGUUUUCUUGUGGAGCUCCUGGUGAUUGUAAGGUUGUAGUGUUGCUUCUUGUCCACUAGGCUGCUGCAAUGAGCCGUAGGGAUUUACAGUUUGCUAAUUUGGUUCUAAUUAAGUAAAACUAAGUAAAAAAAAAAAAAAAAAAAAAAAGUAUUUUUAAUUUUGGCUUAUUACAGUCUCCGUGGGGUUAUUUUGCUGCUAUUGCACUAUCAUGUGUUUUAAUUCUUCAUGGAAUAUUUUCCUUUUAUGGAUUUGAGACUGUGUUGGAGACACUGUACAAUAACUGCUUAACUGCAAAGGUUAGAAAGAAAAGGUUAAGUGAUGGGUGCCGUCCCAUUGCAGUUGCAGUCAUUUUGGAUUUCUCUCAUUACUGCUGCUUGUGUUGACAAUGUGACCUUCACUGAUGCAAUAUUAUGUUGAAUUUUGCACAUUUUGAAAAAAAAAUUUUUUGUUUAAAUUUUUUUGUAUUAUUUGUUGAAUAUGUUUUUUAUGACAAAGUUUUGAUUUCAGUAUUCAAAGUAUAGGUAGUCACAAGAUAGUGUUCUUUUUAGCUCAAUAAAAUAUAUCCUGUGUA